GAAACCGUAGAAGAUACAUUACACUUCCUCCAAUUGGAGGAAAAAUUAAAAAAAAUACUACCUUUACAUUAUAUUGCUUGAUAUUUAAAAAAAAUAAAAAUAAAAAAAUGGUUGUUACUUGCUGUAUUAGUAACUGUAAAAGUUUAUGGAUAAAAGGCGACAUUAUUACUUUUCAUUGUUUUCCUAAAGUUGAAACUUUACGCAAACAAUGGAUUUCAGCAAUUCCAUCUAAUAUUUUAAGGACUUCAGAUAUUACUCAACAUUCUAGAAUAUGCAGUAAACAUUUUGCAGCAGAAUGUUUUAGUGAAUCUACUACAUUUAAAUCUAUACGAAAUAUGUUAAAUAAGGAUGCUGUUCCAACAAUAUUUGAAGAGUGCCAGUCUAAAGGAUCUCAGUAUCAAUUAGUUGAAUUAGAAAAAGAGAUCUUGCCAAAUAUGUUAAACAUCGAAGUUGAUCCGCUUGAUAUUAGUAAUGAAAAUCUUAAAAUGGAAAAAGCAAAUUUGUCAUGUACUUUAAAAAGAGAAAUUGGUGUGCAAACAUUAAAACGGAGCUAUGAUGAAUCAGAAAAAAUUAUACAAAGUUUGAGAAAACGCUUGAAACAACGUGAUGACAAAAUUAAGGACUUGGAGGAAUGUCUGAAAAAGAAAAAAACUGAAGAAAAAAGUGAUAGUAUGAAAAUGAUAAAAGAUGCUAUUAACAAGUACAUCUGUGAGGAAAGGAAAGAAUUAUUUUUGCAUGAAUUUGCAAAUAAUGAGACUGGUAUUACUAAGAAAACUUAUAGUGAAUAUAUGAGGCAAUUUGCCGCAGCUGUAUAUUAUCAUAGUCCUAAAGUAUAUAAAAUUUUGAAGAAACUUAUUACUUUACCGACCACUAAUACUGCAUCUAAAUGGUUGAUAGAUUUUAAUCAAGAUCCACAUUUUGUGGAAGAAAUAAAAUGAACUAUUCUUCAACUUCCUACAACUUUAAUUAUA